AUGGCUGCUCAAUUGCAUUGGACAAACAUUUGGACUUCUGUACUACAUCAGGACUUCCUCUUCCUAUUCAUGUUCGUGUUCCGGUACCUGAGGUUUGUUGUCCAUCUGGUUAGCUUCUUCCUUUACCGCCCAUCUCCUCGUCCUCUGUCUCCAUCACUAUCGGAAAGCGAUUGCACAGUUGUCAUUCCAACUUGCAGUCCCGAGGACCCAGCCUUUUGUCGAUGCGUGGAGUCAGUCGCGAGAGCAUCGCCUUCGGUCAUCCACAUUGUGGUAGUUGGAAAGAAGCAAGAGAAACAAGUAUGGACGACAAUAGGCCCAUUCAUCAAUCGCUUUCACAGUGUCUGCUUCAGAGUCUCAUCCAGCGCCCAGGCAAAUAAGCGCCACCAGAUCGCAGCUGCACUGCCAGCAGUCAAGACCUCCAUCACGGUUCUAUGCGACGACCAUGUGAUUUGGCCUUCUGCAAAUAUCCUACGUGCAGCGCUCGCCCCAUUCGAAGCGGAUGCGCGGGUUGGUGGCGUGGGCACCAACAAACGUGUCGUUCGCCGUUCGAACACGGGCUCGUGGGAUGGGUUUUGGAACGUCAUGGGAGCCUUAUACCUCGAGCGACACAACUUUGAGCACACGAGUUCCAACGCGGUCGACGGUGGCGUCGCCGUUGAACCAGCGCUCCUGGCCAGGUACCUGGACGAGAGGUUCCUCUGGGGUCUCUGCGGCCCAUUGAACGCCGACGACGACAACUUCCUCACCCGGGCCCUUGUCCAACGAGGCUUCAAGAUCAAGUUCCAGAACACCCCGGACGCCAUGAUCCUGUGCGACGUGGGUGAGUACCCCAAAUUCCUCAAGCAGUGUCUUCGCUGGGCGCGCACCACAUUCCGAAGCAACAUGUGCUCGCUGGUCACGGACCGCUCGGUGUUUCGAUCACAGCCGUGGGCGGUGUAUUCCCUUCAAAUCAGCCAGAUGGUCAACUUUGCCUUGUUCUACGACGCGACUCUGGUGUGGGUGCUGACGCGGACGAGCUUCUACACCGCCGCCGCCAUGAGAAUAUUGGUCUUGUGGAUAUUGGGCUCGAAGCUUCCGAAACUGGUGCCUUAUUUUCUGCGGCAUCCGGCAGAUCUAGUCUAUCUCCCCGGCUGCUACGUCUUUGCGUAUUGCCAUUCCCUCAUUAAACUCUGGGCACUGCUCACCUUCUGGGACACUCGAUGGUCUGGACGAAAUUUAGAGGACAUUGAUCGUGCUGCUGCUGCUGCUGCUGCUGCUGCUUCUGGAGAUGAAGGCGAAGGUGAAGAUGAAGAUCAAAAACCAGAUUGUCUCCCCGCCGUCAAAGAUGAAGGAUAUGAAGGAUUUGCUCAUGAGCCCAUCGGACCUAUCGACCGCAGCGGCCCUGUGAAGACGCCUUGGGGCUUCGUGCGGACGUCGAAUCUGCAUGAAAUCCCAGCCAAUAUCCUCCAGACACAGCUCGUCGGCAACAACAACAACAACAACAACAACAACAACAACAACAACAACAACAACAACAACAACAACAACAACAACAACAACAACAACAACAACAACAACAACAACAACAACAACAACAACAACAACAACAACAACAACAACAACAACAACAACAACAACAAGCGAACGAAGGCCAGGACCAACAACUUCAAGAUGAGGCAACAAUCCCAAUCCUACGGCGAUGCGGAUCCGGAAUAUGAGUAG